GCAGAGCCAUGACAGCCUCACUUGUUCAGCCUUUAAUGCGCGCUGGGUUUUCUCCAGUGGAGGGCACUCGGCGCUCCACAAACUCCAUCCUCGGCACCCGCCAGCUCCGGAGCAUCAUCGCUCUCUGGAAAGCCUCGGAAUUAGACGAGAGCUGCCUCUCAGCACAGCUACAAAACACUUUAAACCCGACCAGCUAAAUGGAAUAAACCGAGCCUGCGGGGCUGCUGAGCCGGGCUCUGGCACAGCGCGGGAGGCCCUGCGGAGGAUGGAUCGCGGUGCCCGGCCAUGGCAAGAGGCAGCAGCACAAUGAGGGAUGCCAGGCGCCGGCAGAGCAUCGCUCCUUCCUCCCAGAGAAGUUGGUUCGUCUCCAUCGCCUGCUCUGGCUUUUCUUUAAAAAAAAUCGCCACUUAACGCCGCCGCUCCCCUGAUGACUUCCACAAUGGCUCUCAGAGCUUAGAGUCCCUCCCUACCCCCCCACACUCCCCCAAUCCUUCGUCCUGUCUUCCCCACCCCCAACCCCUUCCCUUAUCCUUUCCCUUCCCUCAUCCCCCCCAAAAAUUCCGGCUGCUCCUCUCCGGGGAACUUUGUGGGGUUCCUGGCGGGCAGGGCUGGAUGGCGGCGGGGCGAGCGGCAGCGACGUGAGGAUGCUGAUGGUUUGAAGAGGGAGAAAGAGGCGAGGGGAAAAGCCAAAAAAAAAAAAGAAUUUUAAAAAGGGGGGAAGAGAGAGGAGAAAACAUCUGGAGGAAGGCGAAGGAGGACGUUAUUGAUGACAAAAGGAUGGGUUUCCAUGUGACCAAGCAGCGGGGAGGCUCCAGGGUGCUGCUGGGGCUGCUCCCCCUGGCGCUGCUGGCGGGGCUGGUGGGCGCGCAGCGAGCCUGCCCCAAGAGCUGCCGCUGCGACGGCAAGAUCGUGUACUGCGAGUCGCACGCCUUCCGAGACAUCCCCCACAACAUCUCCAGCGGCUCCCAGGGCUUGUCCCUGCGCUACAACAGCAUCCAGAAGCUCAAAUCCCACCAGUUCGCCGGCCUCAACCAGCUCAUAUGGCUCUACCUCGACCACAACUACAUCAGCUCUGUGGACGAGGACGCCUUCCAGGGGAUCCGCCGGCUGAAGGAGCUGAUCCUGAGCUCCAACAAAAUCACCCACCUGCACAACAAGACCUUCCACCCCGUGCCCAACCUCCGCAACCUGGACCUGUCCUACAACAAGCUGCAGGUGCUGCAGGCGGAGCAGUUCAAGGGGCUCCGCAAGCUGCUGAUCCUGCACCUGAGGUCCAACUCGCUGAAAACGGUGCCCAUCCGCGUUUUCCAGGACUGCCGCAACCUCGACUUCCUGGAUUUGGGCUACAACCGCCUGCGGAGCUUGUCCCGCAACGCCUUCGCUGGCCUUCUGAAGCUGACGGAGCUCCACUUGGAGCACAACCAGUUCUCCAAGAUCAAUUUCGCCCACUUCCCGCGGCUCUUCAACCUCCGCUCCAUCUACCUGCAGUGGAAUAGGAUCCGCUCCAUCAGCCAGGGGUUGACGUGGACCUGGAGUUCCUUGCACAACUUGGAUUUAUCGGGCAACGACAUUGCGGGGGUGGAGCCCGGCACCUUCCAGUGCCUGCCCAACCUGCAGAAGCUGAACCUGGAUUCCAACAAACUCACCAACAUCUCCCAGGAGACCAUCAACACGUGGAUCUCGCUCAUCUCCAUCACCCUGUCCGGGAAUAUGUGGGAAUGUACUCGCAGCAUUUGCCCCCUGUUUAAUUGGCUUAAGAAUUUCAAGGGAAAUAAGGAGAGCACCAUGAUCUGCGCAGGCCCCAAACACAUCCAGGGCGAGAAGGUGAGCGACGCGGUGGAAACCUACAACAUCUGCGCCGAGAUCCAGGUGGUGGCCACUGAGAGGUCCUACCAGGCUCCCAGAACCCCCCAGAGACCCGUGUUCAUCCCCAAACCCACCGUGUCCAAACUGGAGAGCCACCAGCCCACGCCGGCGACGCCGAGCCCUUCCGCGGACAUCCCGACACCGGUGGAGCCGGAAUACGAGCACGUGUCCUUCCACAAGAUCAUCGCGGGGAGCGUGGCCCUCUUCCUCUCCGUGGCCAUGAUCCUGCUGGUCAUCUACGUGUCCUGGAAGCGUUACCCCGCCAGCAUGAAGCAGCUCCAGCAGCACACGCUCAUGAAGAGGCGCAGGAAAAAGGCCCGGGAGUCAGAGAGGCAAAUGAACUCCCCCUUGCAGGAAUAUUACGUGGACUACAAGCCAACAAACUCUGAGACCAUGGAUGUAUCCGUUAAUGGAUCUGGGCCCUGCACCUACACCAUCUCUGGCUCCAGGGAAUGCGAGGUCCCUCACCACAUGAAGACCUUACCCUACUACAGCUACGACCAGCCCGUGAUCGGCUACUGCCAGGCCCACAAGCCCCUCCACGUCAACAAGGGCUACGAGACGGUGUCCAGAGAGCCGGCGGAGCCCUCCACGCUGGACCUGGGCCGCGAGCACAGCUUCAUCGCCACCAUCGCACGCUCCGCCGCCCCCGCCAUCUACAUCGAGAGAAUACCCAACUAACGUCGGCCAACCGCCUCUUGGGGACAGCUCUGGGAGGGACCUUUGGUCCUGCAGGAGACCGGGCAAGGUGUUCCAAGGCCGCCGUUCCAGCGGGAAGCGCUCCCGAGGGCAGGGGGCGGCGGCGCGGCCGCGGCCUCGGCGCGGAACUCGCGGCGCGGAGAAACUUCAGGAUUUUUUUUUCCCUUCGCUUUAAACUUUCAAACAAAUUCCUCGGUGUAAAUAUUAAAGAGAGAGAGAGAGAGAGAGAUUGUCGAGUUCUUAUUAAAAAGAACGACAGCGACGGCGGCAGCGACAACAAAUAGAUUUCACUCUAGCUACAUAAAGGAAUGGAUUAAGAGUUUUGUUUGUAUAUUUGAUUUUUCUACA